CAAUGUAUCGAGCGGAACUAUUUCAAAAAUCGAGCGUAAUCGCCCAAAGGGAUGCGCAAGAAGUUAUGGAUCGAGUUCGCGAAAUGGUGAAGUGGAAGGAGAACUGCAACGUGCUGGAUAUCGGUUGCGGAACGGGAAAUGUCACCCACGAUUUCCUCUUGCCAAUUUUGCCCAAGUCGACAAAGGUCGUCAUUGGUGUAGAUAAAUUCGCAGGAACCGUCGAGUACGCCAGACAGCACUACGGGCGAAGGAUUGUUUUUGAACAGAUGGACAUUGUCUAUGAUACUAUCACUAAUGGAGAAUACUACGACCAUAUUUUUUCCUUUUACUGUCUUCCGUUCAUUAAAGAGCAAGACAUUGCGCUGAAGAAUAUUUACAAGCUCCUGAAACCUGGCGGCGAUUUCAUCUUUACUUGUACCGUACAGUGUAAUUUGUUCGAAGUAGGCAACGCGAUGUCUCGUAUUGAGAAAUGGAAACCGUACUUGGUAGACUACGAA